CCACACACACACUCUCCCCCUCCACACACACACACUGUCGCCGCGACAACAGUCUGACACACACACGCCCAUGCCCCACCCCCUGGGCUCCACCGAGGCUCCUGAUUGGGCGCACCGAGGCCGUGUCUUCAUCGAGGAGGACCAACCGCCGCUGGUGAAAGAGGAGAACUUCCAGCUGCUACUGCAGGUGCUGAUGGAGGAGAAUUGUUCACGAGUGGAAGGAUCAACAGCAUGGAUGGAGCCCUUUCUGCAGAGGGUGUCAGGCUACCAGAAUCACCAUCUCAUCUGGAGCAGUGGUUGUGUUCUGCAGUCUGUCGUGGUGUUUGACACGGCUGCGGCUCUAUCUUGGAUGAGAGGGGCGGAGUCUCUUCUUCAGGAGGCGGGGCUAGCACAGGCCCUGGGGGAGGGCCUUACCGUACAGGGAGUCCACGUGAAGAACAUCACCGUCGGAGGUCUCCAGGCGAACGUGUGUGAUUGGUUGGUGGAGUGUAGGGCGGGGUUUGACUGCAUUCCUAUUGGGCGGAACUUCACCUGUCGCUCUGCCUGCCACGCCCACUUCUGCCACAAUCACGGAAUCUGCGUGCAUCACCGUGGGCAACAGCCUUCCUGCCGGUGUCCGGUUGGAGAUGAUUUCUAA